CUAACAUCACAAAUUUGUUAGGAGAGAGAAAAAAAGUCGUUAACCCAAAUAUUAACAGAUGGCAAAGCCCCCCAAAUAUACUAUACAUUUCAUACCUUUCUCAUCAUUAACACAAUCAACUUUUCUCCCACAAAAAGAAAAUCAUGUCAAGGAACCUUAACUUAUGCUUCACAAAGAUGAAAUCGCCGCCGCCGCCGCCGGAAAAUCAAAAUCCACCCUCCCACCUAUUCAAGAACUUCAACUCCCUCUAUGAGAGCAUCCCCGUCCCGGGCCCCGCCACGGCCCCAUCCACACCCGAUCUCGCCACCGCAUUCGCCUCCCGCCGCUUCUUCUUCUCCUCCCCGGGCCGCUCCAACUCCAUCAUCGACUCCUCCUCCUCCUCGGCCUCGUCCAUCGCGUCCACGUCAUCGGCCUCGCUGGACAACGAGGCCGCGGUGGCGGUCCCCACCUACUCGCCGGACCCGUUCGCCGACUUCCGGCGUUCCAUGCAAGAAAUGGUGGAGGCGCGUGGCGUACACGACGUCGAGGAGAGCUGGGAUUACCUGCACGAGCUGCUCACGUGCUACCUCUCCCUCAACCCCAAACCAACCCACAAAUUCAUCAUCGGCGCCUUCGCCGACCUCCUCGUCGCCCUCAUCGCCGCUAAUUCUCGCCGGAAUAUUCCCUUUUCCGCCGCAAAGCGCGACAUUUCACCCAUUUUAUGAUCAACUCUCUUUUUUUUAAUGAUUAGUUAGUUAAUUUAGCGUCGUUUUCGGCUACAUUUGCGGUAUAUUAAUCAUCGGAAAACAUAUGUAAAUGUGAAACACUUUGUUAUUUACUCUAUUUGAAUAUAUGACAAAAUGGUUGGUCCCCAAUUUGUCUUCAA